ACCGAGAAAAGAAAGAAAUUAGGGUUUAAACCCACCCUCAGUUUCGUGUGUUCUAUUUGCUUUGAUUUGAUUUGAUUUGAUUUCUCUUCUGCCGGAAGAAAUUAAUCGAAAAUAAAGGUUUUCCGUUCAAUUAAUCGGAAUAUCCAGAAGAAGAAAAAAAAAAAUCGGAAAAAAUCGGAAUGUUGCCCGAUGACGAGCACCGCCGCGAAGUGGAGUACGCGUUGGAAUACGCAAUGCUAGCCAUACUGGACCGGAUGCCGCCGGUGGUGCCGCCACCGCAGACAUUGUCUGAAGCACACCAAAGAUUGCGGGGGUACUGUUCUCGUCACAACACCCCGCCGGUGCCGAUUCGUGUCCCGCGUGAUUGGAAGCCUUGUCUGGAACUACCGAAGCACAUGUUAGACAGCCAGGCGCAACCGCAGCUGGAUAAACAAAUCGAGCAGCUGCGUGGCCUGAUCACUAACGCCAUUUUCACGGGGCGUAGUAACAGCUACCUUGCGACGGCACACAACUAUCUCGCGACGGCUAAGAUCUACGUCCGUAGGGCCCACUUCGAGCAAGCAAGGGUUGACCGCAAGCGGAAAUCGGAUGAGUUGGCCGAGUCGAUGGAUGAGUGGUAUGCCAACAAAAAACGCUAGGAUGACGAGGGAAGUGUUGGUAAAACUCAAAAUACUUGAUUUGCAGUCCUCUGAAUCGACUUUCUAAUCCAUCUUGAAUUAACUGAACUAAAUGUCGGGUGAAGUAAAUGUCGGGUGAGAAAGAUACGCAUGAAUGAAUGAACAUUGAUUAGAGUUUCGACGUUGUUGACAUUUGUGAACAAUGACAUUUACACACUCCUAUACAAACUCCUAUGUGUAUUUGUGCUUGUUGGGUAUAUUAUUUAAUCAAAUCUCGUACGUAAUCACACACUCAUGUGUAUGUGUGCUUAGUGAAUAGUUAUUUAAUUAAAUAUACCGUUCAAAUUUAUCCUAUA